UAGAUUUUUAAAGAGGAAUUUAAGUAAGAAAUCUCUAAAUUUUUAUUCUGAAAGUAAUUUACAAUAAAUGAAUAUUUUCUAAAUAUUUUGCAAAUCCAAUCAUGAGACCUGAGUACUACUUUUUCUCAAAAAAUCAUUUUUCCCUUGGAAUAAUCAUACUGGGAAUUAUACAAAUUACUUAUUCACAAGAAGAAUUAGAAAUUAUCCGAUCUCAUAUUGCUCAGUGUUCAGCGACAACAACGUCAAUAGGUGCAAACCUAAGCUCUUGUCUAUUUUGCGUUCAGAAUUAUAAGAAAGAAUGUAAAACUUUAUGUGCUUCUUUGGCAGAGGAUCAAGAUAUCUGCGAUCGAAUAUGUUGGCGUUAUGCUAAAUAUGGGACGUUUUCAUGUAAAAACAAUCAUGGAUAGUCAGUAAUAAAUUUUAUUAUCUAAAAGAAAUGAGCUACAACUUGUUAAACUAAACCUCAAAUAAACAAACUAUUAGUCAGUGAUAUACGACUAAUUUAAACAAAAAUGAACAUAAAGAAAACAAUGUUGUAAACUGACUGCCUAGUUCCGCAAUAAGAUACUUUUCUUAGCACAUUAGUGUUUGUUUACUGAAGAUAAAAUGAGAG